AUGUGGCACAACGACAGCUGGUCUUCCAGUACGGAUGACCAUUAUCACAAAAAUCGGCGUAAUUAUCACCAAGGCUAUCGGAGAAAGCCAAAAAAGUCGUUUCGGACGCCGAGGCUAUUCAAUCUCGCCACGCUCGCGCGGGUCAAUCCAAGAAGGAAAGACGCCUGGGAGCUUCUUCUUCCCGCUGAAGCCCCUCCUUAUCAGGGCAUUGAAAAGCCUUUGCCUAUGCCUCCAAGGAAAAAACUGGGCAAGAAGUAUAAGAAGGCGAUUGAGGCUCGUGUCAAUUUGAACUCGCUGCGGCACCAAGAUCCGGAGGUGGUGGAGAUCCUCGACCAUGCCGUCUCGGUUGCGCUGUACAUGUGGGAUGUGGAGAACAACAGCUGGACGAAGCCGGAGAUGGAGGGCACUCUCUUUGUAUAUAGCCGUCGGGUGGCUCCCUUUGCCGGCUUCACGAUCAUGAACCGUCUCUCGAUCAACAACCUCUCCGAGAAGAUCACCAACAACAUGAAUGUUCACAUCAAGGCGCCAUUCCUGCUGUACCAGUCGGGCGACACGCGCACCGUCCCGCGCGGCAUUUGGUUCUACAACCAGUACGACUGUAUCCGCAUCACCAAACUCAUCCAGAAAUACAUAGGCGUCAAAGAGCCAGUUUCGAAUGCAAUGUCCGUCGAGCCCGUGUUCGAGCCGAUCUCGACGGAAUCGUCCGAAGACAAAGACAGUCUCGCAUCGUGCAAGGAAGACUUGAUGCUUAUUAUGGGUAAAUCGUCAAAAUCGACGACGCCCAAAACGAAACCCAGUGACUUCAAAAUGACAAACUCGCGUAAAUCACCGCACUCCCCCAAAAACGUCCCCAUUCCUCCCCUCACGCCCGGAAAGAAAGUCGAUCUUAACUUGCUCUUCAGCAGCAAUUUCACACCGAUAAAGCCAGCCACUCCAGUUCAAAAUCUCGAAAGCUCAAUUGAGCACCCUUAUCCAUCAACUUUCCCCGGCGGUCCUCAAACCCCGAUCGACAAGCGCAAAACCGACGCGCUCAAGAGUAUGAUCGGCAUUCACCAUGGUUCUGCUCAGCAGGGAGCAACCUCGUCUAGUUUCAUGUCACCCAGUUCGAUGUCUCAGUUCUCCGGCAUCUCUAAAGCCUCCUCGCGCAAUCAGGACGUGUUCUCCUUCGAAGUGCUACAGAAUCAAAACAGCAGCGCUCAAAACGCAAGUCAAGUAACUGCCGUUAGAAGUGACUUGCUCAGAACACCGCCGCCGAUGAAAGGAACCGGCUCGCUAGGUGGUCAAAAGUCGGAAGAUACUGACGACUCGUCCGAGUUCAACCAGCCCAUGUCUUUCGCCGUCAUUGAAAGCGGGGAUGAUGUGAAUGUGAGCCCCAGCUCUCGGCUCAGCCCGCCUUCGAGAAACAUGAGCUUCAAUACAGUCCCAAGAAAUUUAUUCGGCAGAGAAGGUUCUAAUCCAACUACUCUCCUAUCCCCUGGUGCAUUUGCUUCGAUCGCUUCUGACGGACGAAGCAGUAUUUCCUCCUCUCAAGAGGGCGAUAUGUUGGUCCCCUCUGUGAAGGUACGCAACGGACCACUAUUCAAGCCGCAGACAGCUGCCGGAAACAACACUCAAGCUCCUCCUGCUCCUCUUCACCAGUCGACACAGUUCGAGCGAGAUGUCAUGAAACGCACGCUGAUAAAACUCAUCGAAGAAGACAAAGAGUUCAUGAAUUCCUUCCACGCCGCGUACAUGAGACACAUGGCCCAGCUCAGAAGCUAA